UGUUGUUGAAAUUGUUUCCCGUUUAUUUAUAUAUACUAUAAAAAUUGUAUGCUAUAUUAGUUUAAACGAUUUCACUAAACCAACAAAAUGGGCAAAGGAUUCAACAAUUAUAUGUGUAAAAAGUUCUUUCAUCCUGCCUCAAGAGACAACUUGAAAAGGGUAUGGAUGGCAGAACAAAAAACAGAGGCAUACAAGAAAAAGCAAGAAGAAUUACGUGUACAAUAUGAAAAGGAGCAAGAACUACAUGAAAAUAAGGCUCUGCUGAGUAAAGAUAGCAAGGAUAAAUUAAGCUUAAAUUUUAUGUAUGAACCUCCACCUGGCGUGAAGAAAGAGCGUGAACGCGAAGACAAUGAACCUGAGUACAAAUUUGAAUGGCAACGGAAGUACAAUGCUCCCAGAGAAAGCUACUGCAAGGGUGACAAUGAAAUCCGUGAUCAGCCCUUUGGUAUUCUGGUCAGAAAUGUCAGAUGUAUUAAAUGCCACAAGUGGGGUCACAUAAAUACAGAUAAAGAAUGUUUGAUGUAUUCCCUCUCAAUGAGUGAGGCUCGUGCCUUACAAGCAUCCACAUCAACUCCUGAAGAAGAAGAAGCCAAGCCUGAUGUCCCAACUCUUAUGCAGCAGAUGAGAGACACUGGUCUUGUAAUGAAACCUGGUGCUUUGCCACUUGCUGCCUCUAAAGUUGAGGAUAAUGAUGCCUCCAAUCUCUCUGAAAUGGAUCUUAUUAGUCAGCUGACUAAGAAACAGAAGAAAAAGCUUCUGAAGAAACUUGAAAAGUUGGAGAAAAUUAAGGAUAAGAAGCACAAAAAAUCUAAGCACUAAAUACUGAUUUUGAUUAAUUGUACCUGUGUAAUUUUUUUUAUUGUGUAUUUAAUUUUAAGAAUUGUGAAAGUAAACAAUUAGAUUAAUGAUUAAAUAAAAUUAUAUUACUU